GUAAUUCGCAGCUUCUGUUUUCGAAGAAAAUCUUGCAGUGAGACGAGCGUCGAGCAGCCUGUGCCUCGUCGCUUUGAGGCUGAACUGGUUAAUGAUGAGACAGGGCUGGUGUACCUGUGCGAGGACCCUCCCUCUUCGAUCGCCGUGGCGACGGCCGCCAGUUUCGUGGCCAUCUUCUGCGUGAGCGGGAACGUCCUUCUGCUCUACGUGCUGCUGAGGCACGAGGACCUGAGGCAGGUGACCAGCCUGCUGGUGCUGAACAUGGCCGCGUCCGACCUACUGCUCGCCACCACGCUGCCCUUCUGGAGCACCUAUCACCUGUCCCACUGGGUCUUUGGCCCCGCCCUCUGCAGGGUCCUGAUCGGUGCCUACUUCGCGGGCCUGUACUGCGGGCUGAUGUUCCUGACCGCGCUGACCGUGGACCGCUACGUGACCGUGCCCCCGGGGGAGCGGACGGCCUACCUCCUGCAGGUGGGCCUGCUGUUCCUGCUGCCGCUGGCCGUGGUGGUGUACUGCUACGCCCGGCACCGGACGGUGACCGUGGUGCUGUGCAUCGUGGCGGCCUUCUUCGUCUGCUGGGGCCCCUACAACGCGCUGCUGGUGCUGGAGGCCGUGUACGGGAUGGGGGGCAUGGACUGUGACUCCCGGGCGUGGAUGGACCUGGCGCUGGCCUGCACCCGCGUCCUGGCCUACUGCCACUGCUGCCUCAACCCCAUCCUGUACGCCUUCACCCACAGGUUCAGGGCCCACCUCGCCAAAGUGUUCCUCUGCUGUCGCCCGCGGCAACCUGGAGCUGCCAAUGAGGGGGCGGGGGUGGGGUCGGGGGCGGGGCCUGGCACCGUCCAAAACAGUUCUAACAGCCUCUGGAAGGAGGGGGUGACAGGCGGGGAAGUGUCUGUGGCUACUCCCAAAAUCAACCCGGGUAUGGGAGCUGGAGGUUUAUUUUAUUUUAUUUUAUUAUGCAUUUAUUUUGUUGGCCGGGCUGUGGGAUGGUGGGCAUGGGCUCUGGGGGGUUUGGGGCUUGCACCCCCUCUCCUGCCCUCUUCUUUCAUUUGUUUAUCUUUAUUACUUUGAUUAGUUAUACAACACAGUCCUGGCUCCAGUAAUUAUACUGCAUAAUUAUUUAAUAAUGAUUAUUAUUAUUUAUAAUA